CGGGUCUGAGGUGCACGCGCGAGGAGAGCGGGCUGCGGGCGCUUGACAUGGCGGCAGCGGCGGCGACUGCAGCGACCAAGGGGAAUGGGGGCGGCAGUGGCCGAGCCGGGGCUGGCGACAGCAGCGGCGUGCGGAAGAAGAAGGGCCCCGGGCCUGUGGCCACGGCGUACCUGGUCAUCUACAAUGUGGUGAUGACGGCGGGGUGGCUGGUGAUAGCAGUUGGGCUGGUGAGAGCAUACCUGGCUAAGGGGAGCUACCAUAGUCUUUAUUAUUCAAUAGAAAAGCCUUUGAAGUUCUUCCAAACAGGAGCCUUACUGGAGAUUUUACAUUGUGCUAUAGGGAUUGUGCCAUCUUCUGUUGUCCUGACUUCUUUCCAGGUGAUGUCAAGAGUUUUCCUAAUAUGGGCAGUGACACAUAGUGUCAAAGAGGUGCAGAGUGAAGACAGUGUACUUCUGUUUGUUAUUGCCUGGACCAUCACAGAAAUUACCCGUUACUCCUUUUACACAUUCAGUCUACUAAACCAUUUGCCUUACGUCAUCAAAUGGGCCAGAUACACACUUUUCAUCGUGCUGUACCCAAUGGGAGUGACAGGAGAGCUACUCACAAUAUACACAGCUCUGCCCUUCGUCCGACAGGCCAGCCUGUACUCCAUCAGCUUACCUAACAAAUACAACUUCUCCUUUGACUACCAUGCAUUCCUGAUUCUGAUCAUGAUCUCCUACAUUCCACUUUUCCCCCAGUUGUACUUCCACAUGAUACGCCAGAGAAGAAAGGUCCUCUGUCACACCGAAGAGCACAGGAAGUCUGAGUAGCUCUCCACGCCACCCCAAACCACACUUUUCAAUGAUCAAAAAAUGCUGCAGACUUUUUGAGUUCCCAGUAAGAACUAUUUUUAAAAUAUUAAAUACAAAACAAAAUAAAAACCAAAAUCCAGUGUCACAUGGGCCUGGGAUUUUAUAAAAAAUAAAAAAUAUUAAAAAUGUAAAAGUCUGUUACAUAAAGCAUCCUAGCUGGUCCUUUCAGCAUGCUCUGACCAGAAGUUGCCAGUUCCUAUGAUGGCGCUAGAAGGGGGUUAGCCUUUAUUUCCUCCGUCCUCCAUUCAUCUGGCAGUACAGAGUGCACACCCAGUGCCGAGAGCUACAGUCUGAGGGGCAGUGCUCUGACUGACUGCCCGGCUUGCAGCAGAAGCUAGGUUGAAUCUGCAGUGUGGUUAGCUUUCCCCUUCUCAAAGUGCUUGAUUGCAUGCUGGAAACUGCUCUGGAAUGCUCUGAAGUUCUGGCUAGGACCUAGCCCCACAUAUCUAGUGAAUGAGUUAUGAGACGUAUAUGGCUAUGAAGCUUUGGGUAGUGCCUGUAACCAGAAAACCACUAAAAGCCUUUCAUUUGUUUUCGAUUGAGUCGUUCCUGCCUGCUGCUGAGAGCCGUGCUUGAACUUAGUAAGUCUGUGUAAACUAUAAAGACUCUUGCGUGGAACUCGGCUCCAGUUGGAUUCUAACAAGCCACAGUGUGAGGGGAAGGCUUGGUGCCUGGGAGGUGCUGAGUACUUUCCGUGUACUUCUGCUCAGAGCACGGAUGUGUACUGCCCUGCGAGACUCUUCCUGACAGACUCAAAGCCCAUCUCAUCACACAGAAGGAGGAAAUCUAUAAUUAAGGGUACUUGGAAAGUGUUGCUCUACCACCAUGGUCCACAGAAGGCAUUCAGAAAUAGAUUUAUACUUAGUUUAUACUUAGUUUUUAUUUUAAUUUUUUACUCUUCUGUUUAGGUACCUUUCCUGAUUGUGUUCCUGUGUAAUUCUCAUCCACGUUGUAAGUCCAGAGACAGCACAUGUUCUAGGAAAAGCUAAAGGUAGUACUGUCUCCUCCAAGCGUCAGAGCAGCCACCAGCUGCUUGUGACUGGCCCCUGUCUGAUAGUGUCUUCACAGCACUUCCUGGCUCACCUGUGUAUUUACCCUUAGGAAAAGUUUGGAGGAGACAGGCAAAGCUGAGGUCCUGCCCAGCCCACUGCUCUCACAGUGCCCCCAGAAAACUCCUCUUUAAAAAUAGAAAACAAGGUUCAGAUGAAUACCAGGCCCAAGUUUAGAUGUGCACUCAAUUUUAAACAGUACCUUCUUAAUAAGAUCUCCACUUGCUUUCUUUUUCUUUCCUUUUUUUGUUUAUCUUUAAGACUUUAAAUAUCUUGCCAUUGUCAUUUAGAAUAUAAUUGUUCCAAUCAGAAGAAUAUAAUGAAAACUACAUUUUCAAAUGCAUAUUUUCAUAGGAGCUUGAAAAGCUAAUGCAGGCAGGUGUGUAAUAAGUUAUUGUCAAACUGAACAUUAGAAUUCUGUUUCAAGUCAGCUCUCUUGACUUGGCUGUGUCGUUCAGAAUCUAUUCUGGUAUUUGAUAGACAAAUAUGUGGGAAAUAUUUUUUUCAGCUUUUUCUCCCUUUUUAUUCCUCCAAAUCGUAUUUCUUCUGUGAAACAGAAUCAACUUGGGUUUCACCAGCCUUUUUACUGUAUCUGAGAUUUGUUACCGUUAUGUUGGAAUGCCUGCAGAAGGUGGUGUGAGAGGCAGGUCAUCCAGCCCAAGGGACCCCUGGGCCUGCCUUCCUCAUUGCUACAUCUGCUUCACUGAAUUGCAUCAGAUUGAGCUACAGCAAUAAGAAUACAGUCUUUCCCUCUCAGAAAGGGUCUCAAUCCAGCGUCUGCUUGACGCAUGCUUUAAGAUGCAGCAGACAGCAGGGUGUCCUUCUGACACCUCUUGGGUAGCUAGCUUUUAGGUCUUUUUCCUUUUUCAUCCCUAACAUGAAUUAAUUUCUCCUUGAGACAAUCAUGCCCUUUAAACUCAGAACCUCCAGCUUCCUCAGGUGUGACAUCUAAUGAGGUGUGAAUGAGGAAGGUACUUUUCAGUGGCUAUUUUGUCAGAAUUAGAGUCAGUCCAGCACCCACCUGACUGCAGGUCAGAUCCCCAGGGGCCCUCUGUGGAAGGGAUGGAGUCUUUGAGGUGCACAGCAGCCUUCUGCAGACUUGUGUUGUUAAUCUGCAUCAUGCUGAGGCAGGGACCACAAUCAUCAAAGGCCCCACGGAGUUACUCAUGGAGUGAAGCACUGUCCUCCCGGACAGGAAAAGUCUCUAAAGCAAACCGAACAAGAGGAUGGUGUAGACCAUGCCGGUCAGAGGGCCAGAUGAGGCAAUCGUGCCUUGCUUUUCACUUGUGUUGGCUUUACAUUUCUAUUAAAGCCUAGCGUUGCUGAGGUCCAACCUGAAAAAUAUACUCAGUUCUGAGUUUCAGAUAAACCAUUAUAAAACAUCAAAGUCAGUACAUGCUGCUCCUUUGAAAUUUGGGUAAAAAAUUAUACAACCAUAUAUAUAUAUAGUCAUUUUGUAUUUUUUCUAUGUUGUAAAAACCAAAAUUGUAAUUUUAUAAGUCUUUGAUUCACUAAAAUUAUAUAAUUUAAAUGUAUUUUUUGUAUAUUUAGAAAUAAGGCACUCAAAAAAUUAUGCUUAACUUUCUAUGCAUGCACUUGAAAGCUGUUUUUAUCUGAUGUUACUGUAGUAAUAAGUUAUACUCAUAAAACACUGGUACAUGUUGCAUUCCAAAAUAAAUGGGUGCGUGCUCUGCCUGGGUCUGAUCUGGAGCCAGGGUGCAAGAGUGUGGAAGCUCCCAUUCCAUUAUG